CUCACUCAUUCUGGAGCUGAGGCGCAGCUGUUCACGCCGAGAAGGGAACGGGAGGGCGCAGGCCGGUGACGUCAUAAGGCGCGACAGGCCCUGCAACCUGCUCUGGAGUGGAACCUUCUCGAGACACCGACUUCUUAGGACGGUGUCGGCUGCAGGAGGCGAGGGGACGGGGGCAUGGACGCGGUCUGAAGAUGUCAUAAGGGCGCGCGGGACGGUGAGGUGGGGCCCGAAUACCGGAAUACCAUUGAGCAUCCCUCGUUACAGGGCGGCCUAGAGCCAAUCCUUCGGGUGCCGCCAUGUUGAAUGACCUCGGGACUCCAUGCACCGCCUAGGCCGGCCCCUGCCGCAUCGCGAUUGGCUCAGCGGCUGUGAGUGACAUUGCCGCCAUGAAGUACACUCACCUCUCCUUCUCAGCCUGCGGGUUUCUGGGUAUUUACCACCUGGGGGCAGCGACCAUGCUGUGCACGCGCGGGCGGGGCCUGCUGCGUGACAUCACUGGCUUUGCAGGGGCCUCAGCAGGGGCUCUGGUGGCCACUGUGCUACUGACCGCACCAGAGAGGCUUGAGGCAUGUACCAGAUUCGUGUUUGCCUUUGCCGAGGAGACGAGGAUGCAGGCACUGGGGCCGGUAACGCCUGGAUACAACUUUAUGGCUCGGCUUAGAGGCGGCAUUGACUCCAUCCUUCCCCAGCACGCACACACACUGGCCCAGGGACGGUUGCAUGUGUCGGUCACCAGCAUGGCGGACAGGAGGAGCCACCUGGUGUCUAGUUUCACUUCUAGGGACGACCUCAUCACGGUUCUCCUCGCCAGCUGCUUCAUACCUGUCUACGCAGGACUUGAGCCUGUGGAGUAUGCAGGGCAGCGCUGGAUGGACGGCGGCCUUACUGACAGCCUGCCCGUGCUACCCAUGGGACGCACCCUGACCUUCUCCCCCUUCAGUGGACGGGCGGAUGUGUCCCCGCAGGAUCCAGGGUGGCCUGGCGUGUGUGUGAGAUUCGCCAAGCAGGACAUCACGAUCUCCAUGGCCAACCUGGUGCGCGCAUGGCAGAUGCUGUUCCCACCAGGUAGGCAGAUGAUGGAAGCCAUCUACAGCAGGGGAAUGAUUGACAUGGUGCGCUUCCUGCGCAGGGAGUGCUGGCAUCAAUAAAUGCGCAGACGUGCAUAGCUCA